CAUUUUUACAUGCGAAAAAUUGUACAACUUUUUCGGUUGUCUCAUAAAUUGUUGUGCAUAAAAUUGAUGUCCCAAUAUAAUACCAAAAAAGAUCCUUGCAAAGCCAAUGCCUGCAGAAUUCAAGCUUGUUUAAAGGAGAAUAAUUAUCAGGAGGAUAAGUGUUUGGAGGUUUUGGAGCAGAUGCGUCAAUGCUGCUUGAAGUGGCACAAACAAUCUUUAUGUUGUUCGGGUAUUUAUUUGGAACGUCCAUAUAUUAAAAGUGAAGAAAAACAAAACAAAGAGGAAAAAAUCAAAGAGAAACGUUAAGACGUUUGUUUUAAAGAGCGAAAAAUAAUGCCAAAUCCUUCCAUACCGCCUUAUAAACCACCACAAGAAUUGCAAGAGAUUCUAAAACAACAAGCCGCACAACGUAAACGUACCGCCCAAUUACCCAAACGUAAUUGGAUACAAAGAAAUCCUCGACUCUUUCAAAUCACCUUUAUAACCACCUCAUUGCUGAUACUAUUCUCACGACCACUUUACGACGCCUUCAUAGAAGAAUCA